AUGAAGCUUUCUCUCGCGCUGCUCAGCGCGGCCGUCGUGGUCUCCGCUGCACAACCUCACCGUCACGGACACCAGCAUCUCCACAAGGAGAAGCGCAACCCAGAGGCAGCACCUGACUAUGUCUCGGUCCCAGGGCCCACGGCAAUCGUCUACGUCCUCAACGGACAGUCAAUCUCUGAGGAUGAGGUCCAGCAGGGCAUCCACAACGGAUCCUUGGUCUUCGCCCAGAACGGCCAGCUCUCGUCUGCUGCGCCAUCCACGUACCAGGCACCAAAGACGACCGAGGCACCAUCAAGCACCCAGGCCUCGUCGUCCGCAGCUCCCUCCAGCUCCUCCUCCACCGAGCAAGGCAAGUUCCACGAGCCAUCUUUCAGCAUCCCAUGGAGCAAGCCAUCCAGCUCAGCCUCCGCUCCAUCUGCGCCAUCCUACGGCGGCAGCUCUGACAGCGGCGACUGGGGCAGUGAUGCUAGCGGUGUCGACUCCGAGUUCCCGGACGGCGAAAUCAGCUGCGAUACCUUCCCAUCUGAGUACGGUGCGGUUCCAGUCGAGUGGACUGGUCUCGGUGGAUGGACCGGCAUUCAAUCUCCUGGUGCUUCUGGCUACGGUGGCUACUCUAACAUCAUGACCGUCACGUCGGGAGGAUCUUGUACCGAGGGCAGCUACUGCUCCUACGCCUGCCCCCCUGGCUACCAGAAGUCUCAAUGGCCAACCACCCAAGGUUCGACUGGUCAGUCCGUCGGUGGGCUUAAGUGCACUGGCGGCAAGCUUCACCUGACCAACCCCGACUUGUCCAACAAGCUCUGCAUGACCGGCGCCGAGCAGGUCACUAUUCUCGUCCAGAACAAGCUGUCCAAGAAUGUUGCCGUCUGCCGUACCGACUACCCAGGUACCGAAAGCGAGACCGUCCCCGUCAACGUCCAGCCAGGCGGCUCCAGCAACCUCACCUGCCCUGAUUCUGAGAAGUACUACUCCUGGUCAGGCGGCAAGACGUCUGCACAGUACUACGUCAACCCAGCUGGUGUUCCUGUCAGUGAUGCUUGCCAGUGGGGCGACGGCUCCAACCCAUGGGGCAACUUCGCUCCUCUCAACUUGGGUGUUGGUUGGAGCAACGGUGCUGCAUGGCUCGCCAUCUUCCAGAACUCGCCGACCACCGACGCAAAGCUUCAAUUCUCGGUUGAGAUCCAAGGUCACGGCAUGAGCGGCACUUGCAAGUACUCCAACGGCGAGUACUGCAGCGGCGAAGGCUACGACAAGUGCAGCCGGACCACGGGUUGCACGGUAUCAAUCAGCUCAGGAACGGCCACGUUCGUCUUCUCUGAUUAA